UUUUAAUAAAUAUGAUACUGAUAGCAAUGAGAUAUUAGAGACCACAAUUCCAUGCAAGUCAAGUAGUAAAGAAUGCUAUUCAAAGAAGAAAAGGUAAAAGAAUAUGAUCUAAAUUGAAAUUAGAAAGAAAGAAUGUAAUGUAAGAACAUUUAGAGAGAUUAGCUGAUAAAUUAGAAUAUAAAAGCUUCCCAUAUCAUAUAACUCAUUAUGAUCCAGCACAUUAAGAUUAUAUUCCUGCUUAGAGAUAGGAUUAUAAAUAAAGAUUAACAGUGGAUACUCAUAAUAUGUUGGUUGAUGGAGUAAAGAGAGAUGUAGCAAUGUAAAGAUAAGUUGAUGAAGCAAUUAAAUAAUUGGAUAGACCUUAUUUAAAAGGUAAAAGUGGAGUAACAAAAAAUAUCACUGGUGGAUUGAGAGAUUAUUUUCCAAUAGAAAUGCCAUAUGCAUAAACUGGUAAUUUAGAAAAUGAAGAAUUGGAAUAUGAAAAUGUAUUUAGAAAUGAAAAGAGAUGGAUAGCAUAAACAAUUGCUCCAGUAGAUAAAACAGAAAGUGAAAAAAGACAUGAAAAAGAACUAGAAUCUAGACCAGUUACUAAGAAAUUCCAUCCUGAUAAAGGUUCAAAAUAUGAUGUUGAAACUCCUUAUCAUUUGAGAUUCCCUUAUUUAGCAGAUAGAUUAGGACAUCCUGAAUUUUUAGCAAAUCCUUUUUAAAGGUUAUUUAGAUUAGAAAGUGAUAUGUAUCAUCCAAGUUAUAAUGAUUAACCAUUUGUUUAACAUCCAUCAGGUGAUCCAGAUCCAACAUUAAAUUUUGAAGAAGGUGAAGUAAUCUAUGAAAACACCAGAUUAUAAGAAUGGCUUAAAUUUGUAUGGUGGACUGGAACAUUUAGUUUUGCAUGGAUUUGUUGGGUAUUACCAUAUAAUAUUGUAUACAAAACUAAUUUAAUGUUCGAUCAUUAAAUAGAUGCUUCAUUUUAUCCUUAUCAUUUAUAAUCUAUUUAUAAUAUGGAUUAUAUGAGAAUUAAUGUUUUAGCAGCUACUGCAGCUUCUGCAUAUUUAUGGUAUUUCCAUCAUAUGUCUAUGAAUGAUAUUGGCAAAAAUUAUGUUACUAGAGUUUAAUAUAGUAAAGAUAAAGAAUUAGUAUUUGUUACAAGAAUGGGAUCAUUUGGAGUUGUUAGAGAAGAUGUCUUUGAAACUCAUCAUUUAGAAGUCUUACCUUAUUAUACCAAAUCUGGAGUUUAAAAUAUGAGAUAAAAUGUAAAAUUAUUUAUCUAAAUAUUAUUAGGAUCUAGGUAUGUAUGAAAUAUCUUGCUUAAAUAAAUAAGAUCUCAUGUAUCUUUAUAAAGAAGAUGCCUUUUGGAAUCCUAAACUUAAAACUACAUUCCUUACAAAUCAUUCAUAAUUGAUUUCUAAAUAAUAUUUUGGAUUAAAAAGGUAAUUAUCUUUAAUUUUAUAUCUAGAAACGAAGAAGAAGAAUAUUAAAAAACUUUAACUCUUGGAGAUUUACCAGUUAAAGAUUUAUAAGCUCCAUGAAAUAUUUCUAUGCCAUCA